UACACAAACUCGCAUUCAUCACUGACAGAUGCACGCCAUUUUCAUCUGCCAUCUUGAAAUUAAAACUGUACAAGACGGUUUUGUGACGCCAUAUUUUAUUGGCAGACAUAUUUUAUAAACAUUUCGCGUUAAUUUUUGAACUUUUGAACAACAAAGAUGUACAGAUUUUCAAUUCAUUAGUUCAGUGUAACAAUAACCGUUUCCAAAAAGAAUUGUUUCAGGACGAAGCAAAGCAUUUGUUUCGUAAGUCUUAUGUGUAAACGGUAGCGUGCUUCGGCUGGAAAAUUUUGAUUGAAUUUUGCCGAUUUUGUGCGGCAGAAGGUUGUUUUGCUGGUGUAUAUUUUGAUGCAUCCAUUGUGUGAUAUUAAGUGAUCUCGAUCGGCAACGGUGUUAUUUGUAUAAAAAGAGUAUUGGCGUCAUUUCGCUGAUCCAUCUAAUUCGGAUAUUGAGCUGCGGUUGUUUAUAACAUCAAAUUAAAGAUGUCCCAUUCGGACGUGAUGUGCGAGGUGGAAAUAUCCGAUUCCAGUAUUGUUGAAGUGGUCGACUCGGAACAUUUCAACGAUAUGGGCGUCUCAUACGAUCAGUAUGAAGUCGGUGGCAUUGGCGACGAUCAAUACGAAGAAGUAACAUGCGAAACAGAAGACUCUCAAGGACUACUAAUGCAGAGCAUAGAUGACGAUUACCAAUUUUCAGACGAAGUUAUUUUGCACACCGAAGCUGACCUUCAGGAAGAAAUAGUCGACGCAUCGGGUGAUCCGUUGUGUGUUUACGGUGAUGUCUCGUCAUUGGGCAAUGAAAUUUUCAUCGAAUCUUCGUCGCCGGGUCCAUCGAACCGUAAGCGAAAGGCCGCAAUACAAAAGCAGCGAAUCGUUGGACGAGUUCGAACGGGUAAUCCGGACGAUAUCAUCACAAUGGCCGGCAUUGAACCGUUGAAUAAGCCGCGUCGCUGGGAACAGAAACAGGUGCAAAUCAAAACAAUGGAAGGCGAAUUCAGCGUAACGAUGUGGGCGUCCGGCGCUUCGGACGAAGAAGAUGGCUCAAAUCCGGAACCCGAUCCCGACUACACCGAGUACAUGACUGGGAAGAAAAUUACGCCGGAUUGUGUGCCUGGAUUAGAUUUGUCCGAUCCGAAGCAAUUGUCGGAAUUCGCUCGGCCAGGCCAUAAAAUUCGUCAGAAGAAACAGAGUCCCGGUUUUAGUGGAGUUGUGCCGUUAUCACCUGUCAAUAGUGCUAGUAGUAAUAUUGGUAGUACAGUGAGUACACAAAGUGCCAAUGUCAGCGGUGCCGUUUCAGGCAUUGAAUCCCACGAUAGAACCAUAGCUUGUCCGCACACCGAUUGUCACAAAAUGUUCCGUGACAAUUCAGCCAUGAGAAAACAUUUACACACACACGGUCCACGGGUACACGUUUGUGCCGAAUGUGGAAAGGCCUUUGUAGAAAGUUCAAAAUUGAAGCGACAUCAACUGGUCCAUACAGGCGAGAAACCAUUUCAAUGUACCUUCGACGGAUGUGGGAAACGAUUCUCGUUGGACUUCAAUUUACGCACACACGUUCGGAUACACACAGGAGAUCGGCCAUACGUCUGUCCAUUUGAUGGUUGCAACAAAAAGUUCGCUCAAUCUACAAAUCUGAAAUCACACAUUUUAACACAUGCCAAAGCCAAGCGAAACACAGUUGGCAACAAUCGUAACCAAAUGCAACUAGCCAAUCAAAAUUUCGUCAAAGUAGAAAUGAGUGAAAUAGACAACAAUUCCCAAUACAUCGUGUACACAGAUUGAAUGGAACAUCCGAACCACUAUAUAACUAAGGUCCUUGGAAAACACAGAGAAACGAAGAAAAAUGAAAGAGUAACACGAGAAACAUUGUGAGAAAAGGUGAAAAAUAUUAUGAUUUUAUUUUACCAAGAGAAAAACAUCUCGAAAGCUAACAAAAGAAUGCACCCAAAUCCAUCACUCCCUUCCCAACGUACCCUUCGGUGUACACACUCUCGUAUUUUUUUUAUCGAUUGGAUUCACUAAUUGUACGGCUGAAUGUUUUUCUCUUAUCUAAAAAAAAAGCAAAAUAAUUUUUUUUGUAAAAUAAAGAAAAAGCCAAAA